AUGCAUACCAUUAAUCCGUCAUCGGGUAUAAGUCUCAAGUCCUUAACGUCGCCGUCGCUGGUUCAGACCGUCCCGGUUAAACUCGUUGUCAAGUGCGGGUACCGGUUUGAAUCGGCUAACACAAAUGCUAGUAAGGUGAAUACCAACGGUGCUCCGGCGAGUUACAACUUCGCCGGCCAUGUCGGCGCGUCGCGAGCUGAUUGGCAGAGCUCGUGCGCUAUUCUGGCUAGUAAGGUUGUUUCUCAGCAGCCGGAUACUGAGAAAACUGGUGGUGCUGGUGAGAUUACUGUCGUGAAUGGCCACAAAAGUCUGGAUCUGGUUCCGAUUGAUAACAAUCUCCCUAAGCCGCUCACAAUUACUGAUCUCUCUCCUGCGCCGAUGCACGGCUCACAGCUUCGUGUUGCUUACCAAGGUGUACCCGGCGCGUACAGUGAAGCUGCGGCCGGAAAAGCUUAUCCUAAUUGUGAAGCUAUACCUUGCGAUCAAUUUGAGGUUGCAUUUCAAGCUGUAGAACUCUGGAUCGCAGAUCGUGCAGUACUCCCCGUAGAAAACUCCCUCGGGGGUUCAAUUCACCGUAACUACGAUCUCCUCCUCCGUCACCGUCUCCACAUAGUCGGCGAAGUACAACUCCCCGUUCAUCACUGCCUCUUAGCUCUUCCAGGCGUUCGUAAAGAGUACCUAACACGAGUCAUCAGCCAUCCACAAGCUUUAGCUCAGUGUGAACUCACUCUCACAAAACUCGGCUUAAACGUAGUACGUGAAGCCGUCGACGACACCGCCGGAGCAGCCGAGUACAUCGCCGCGAACAACCUCCGGGACACCGCCGCAAUCGCCUCCGCACGCGCCGCCGAACUAUAUGGUCUACAAAUUUUAUCUGAAGGAAUCCAGGACGAUUCAAGUAACGUGACUCGAUUUGUGAUGUUAGCAAGAGAACCAAUAAUUCCACGAACCGAUCGUCCAUUCAAAACAAGCAUAGUAUUCGCACACGACAAAGGCACAAGCGUCUUGUUCAAAGUGUUAUCAGCAUUCGCAUUUCGCAACAUCAGUUUGACGAAGAUAGAGUCACGGCCUCACAGAAAUCGGCCGAUACGGCUAGUGGACGAUGCAAAUGUGGGAACAGCAAAGCAUUUUGAGUACAUGUUCUAUGUAGAUUUUGAAGCGUCAAUGGCGGACGUAAGGGCCCAAAAUGCGUUGGCUGAAGUUCAGGAAUUCACGUCUUUUUUGAGGGUAUUGGGUAGUUAUCCUAUGGAUAUGACUCCAUGGUCUCCUCCUAGGGAAGACUAG